AUGUUGGAGAGUAUGACUAUCCCUCACCAAGCUAGCUGGAUGGUCAAGAAAAUACUCAAAGCAAGAGAAGGAUUGAAGUAUGUACAACCAGAAAAUUUGAAGAAUAAAAGCAUGAUCAGAAACAUUUAUUUGAAAAUGGUUGGGGAGUUGCCUAAGGUCACAUGGAAAAACAUCAUAUGUGGUAAUGAAGUAAGGCCAAAAGCAGUGUUUAUAACAUGGCUACAACAACAAGAUAGUUUGCUAACUGCUACAAGACUGGUAAGCUGGGGGAUUCAAGUAGAUAAUAGAUGUGUUAUGUGCAAAGAAGUAGCAGAAACCAGAGACCAUUUGUUUGCAGAAUGUUCAGCAGGAAGACGGGUUUGGAAGAAACUAAUGCAAUGGCUACAACUAACCUGGGUGAAUAUGAAUAACUGGAGUCAAAUGCAACAGUGGAUUGAACAUAACACAAAAGGGAAAACUAACAAAGCAAAGCUAGUGAAGAUGGUGUUUACAGAAUAUGUGUAUGCAAUUUGGAUGGAAAGGAACAACAGACUGUUUGCUCAUAAGGAGAAUACACGUGAAUCAAUGGCCCGAGAAAUUGCCUAUACUUGCCAUGUUCGAGCUAAUAGUACCACUAAGAUGAUGCUUCAAAAAUAUAAAUUUCCUAGGUAG